AUGAUUUCGCUAAAAAUACAUCUUUGUAAUCUGCCAAAUGUUUGCAAUUCUGUGGGUCACUCGAAUGUGGUCGAUUUUGCUACAGUGGUCACCAAAGCCACGGUCAUUCGGCCUAUCGAUGGGAUCUGUCGCACUAACGUGCAAACGGGUGAACGAUAUUCGCGAUUGACUGAACAACAAAUCACUGGCCGGGAAGCCGAAAUAAACACGAUAAUGCAAGCACGUCCAACAAACACUCCACACACGUCUGACGAAGCCAUGAGUGGCACGGAUAGCAGCGAGAGCAGUGUUCGAACAGAUGCAGCUCCAACCACCGAUCCACAAACGUCUGACGAAGCCGUGAAUGGCGCGGAUAGCAGCGAGAGCAGUGCGUGGACUGAUGCAGUUCUAUCCACGGAUACACACACGUCUGAAGAAGGCGUGACUGGCACGGAUAGCAGCGAGAGCAGUGUUCGAACUGAUGCAACUCUAGCCACCGAUCCACACACGUCUGACGAAGGCGUGACUGGCACGGAUAGCAGCGAGAGCAGUGCGUGGACUGAUGCAGCUCCAGCCACCGAUCCAAUCACGUCUGACGAACACGUGACUGGCGUAGACUUCAAUGAUAGCGUCUCGUCGUUUCCUGCUUCCCUUUCCACCGAUUUGCCUGUUUCCACUUAUCCGCCUCUUUCGCCUACCAAGUGUGACCCAUCCGCAGUUUGUACUGGUUAG